CGUCGCCCGUUUGUCUGCCGAUUUCCAGCGGCGGCCGGCCGGCCGGUCGGUCACACGUGUGAUGGCUUAGAUAUAUACAUACAAUAUACAUUUUAUUAUGUUUAUAUUUUAUAUACGCACACAAUAGGCCGGCAAUACCCUCCGAAGACCCUGCGGUCAUCAUUUCAGUAUCAUCUCUUGUUCGAUCUGGUCGUGUGCAUUUGUGCUGCAGCAACCUCGCGCGCGUCUUGUACGUAGUAUAGGCACUAUUUCGUAUCGCGACUCUUCUGCAUACAAAUAUAACAUAGUAAUAAUAUUGUAUGCGUGCGGCACCAGUUGAUCGUGUCUGCACUCGGCACCUUUACAUUAUAAUAUUAUACGGCUAGUUGGUGCGCUCAACGGCAAAGUGCGCGUCAAACAACGUCCGUUCGUAAUACAUAUCACGACGUCUUAUAUAAAUCAUAAUACGCAUAAUAUUGUCGACUCAAUUCUUUCGCAUCCACGCUGCACAUGGUAUUUCUGGAACGACAUCACCGGGCCCAAUAACACAAUCUACGGCUGUAUCAGAUACAAUGAUUAUUUUACUAAUUUUGUUGGCCAUGCUACACACUGGAUUGGCGGCCAUCGCAGGAUAUGAAGAAGUGGAAAACAAUUUAAUUACAAAAUUAGGUUUAACCCGAAGACCUGUAGUAGAGAAAAAUAUGAAGAUACCAUCUGCCACAAUGGAGCUGUAUAAAUCAAUGUUAGAAGAAAACAAUGCAAUGACAACUCAUUUGCCUCUUCCUGGUUUGCACACAACGUCUGCUAAUACUGCUAGGACCUAUUCAAACAAAGGAUCACCCCCAAUUAAUGCUAAGUCUAAAAGAUAUAGGCUACAGUUCGAUAUAGAUUCUAUUCCGGAACGAGAACAGGUUAAAGCUGCUGAAGUUCGUUUUACAAUGAUAUAUGAUACAAUACUACGAAAUGAAGAAUUUAUUCAUGUGAUUAUACAUGAUAUAGUCCAACCUGGCGCGAAAGGCAUAUCAAAACCUAUUCUCAGAAUUAUUGAUUCGAAAUCAAUUAAUAUGUCAAAAGUAUCAAAGUCAGAAGUUAUCAGUUUUGACGUAACACCAGCUAUAGAAAGACUGUCGAAGAACAAUUUCAAAGAAAACCAUGGUAUGCUUGUUCAAUGCGUCACGGAGUCUGGUAGUCACACACAUCUGCUCAGCGUGUUUGACUUUGUAUCACCCGAAAAGACAUUGCUAUUGAUCUACACCGAUGACGGAACAAGCGAGAAGAGCACGCUAGAACGGAUGAUGCGGCGGAGUAAACGGUCGGCCGACGAACCGGGAGGGCCACAGAAGAAAUCGAAAAAGAAGAAGAUCUGUCAGCGGUAUUCGAUGUACGUGGACUUCAAGGAUGUCGGGUUCAGCGAUUGGAUCCAGGCGCCGCCGGGUUACGACGCUUUCUACUGCCACGGGGAGUGUACGUUCCCGUUGGCCAAUCACAUCAACGCGUCCAACCACGCGGUCAUGCAGACGCUGAUGAACUCGCACAGCCCGGCGUCAGUUCCCCGGGCGUGCUGCGUACCGACCAAGCUCAGUUCGCAGACGCUGCUCUACGUGGACGACGACGGCAAGUUGGUGGUGAAGAACUACCCGGAAAUGACCGUGGACGAAUGCGGAUGUAGAUGAGGGCGGUGGUCGGGAGGCAGUUAUUAUGCGCACCAUAGGACGUAUAAUAUACUUUUCAAUUCAAAGUCAUACCGCACCUGCAGUAGCUGCUGCAGUAUUGCAAUGCCUGAGUGUGUACAACUGUGUACAUAAUAUUAUGUAACAUAAAACCUUGCGUCGAAUUUUUACUCUGGAAAAGGUCGAUAGAUAUACAUAAUAUGUAAUAUUAUGUAAUAUAUUAUCAUGCACCAACAGUGUAUACACAUAUAAUCGUGCGUGUCUUCUGCCACAAAGUCAAAAGCGUUUAUGUAAAAAAUAAAACCUAUUUUUUCCAGUUCUAUAGUUCGACGGAUAUUGAUAUUAAUAAAUAUGUAUAUUACAAUAUAAACACCCACGUAUAAAAUGUAAAAACAAUGUGUAAAUAAUAAUGUACAUAAAGAACAAGUGUAAAUACCUGCAAAUGGUCAUAAUUGUAUAACAUUAAUUAUAAGUCUAGUCCAAAACCAAUACAAUUCAGGUUUAAUGUUGAAUAACCAUGACGAUUGUGUAUUAGAUAAAUGUUUGAAUACAAAAUUCUUACACGAAUUGUUGUUACUAUUAUUGCUAUUCCUUCUA